AUGAAAGUGUUUGGGGGGACGACUCUUCAUAAUACUGAAUUCCUUGCCCUGAACCAGUGCCUAGUGGAGUAUGAAGCAAAGCUGAAGGAGUUAGAGUUGGAGUUGCUUGCCAACCGAGGUGUGAAGGAGCGGAUGCUCAAGUUCGCGAUUGGUGGAGGACUUAUUGGGUUUGCAGUUAUGUCCACUGCAAUUCUCCGUCUCUUUAAGUAA